ACGAAAGACAGUUCAUCAUUUCCUACUCCCAUCGCUCAUAAUUUACGCUGGUUUCAUUGAAUCUUGCUGUUUCUGUGUGGCUGAGAAAUCAGACGGUUGCAUGACAGUAUCAACACAAUCUAAUGGCUCAAACAUCUUAUGAAAGACAACCAUAUUGUCAACAAGCUCUUCAAAUGCCUGAAACUUUGAGCCCCCUUGCAAACAUUGAUAAAAUGAGUGGAGUACAAAAGCCCAAGCAGUCACGGCUGGAGUUAAUGAGGCAAAAUUAUGAAAAGAAAAGGCAAAAGGAUGUGGAGGACAGACUGGCAGAGAUGCGAUCACAACAAGCAAGGGCAGACACUGAAAAAGUGAAAAGUGGUGGCACUGUUCGAGCUUUCUUUGCAGAAAGAAGAGCACUAGAAGCAAACAUGAAAGACCCUUAUGCUUUACCUCCAAUUGAUAGACAUUUCAGGAAAGUAAAGGAUUCAAGCAGCUCUGCUCCUCCAAGACAAACUAGAGCUGUUCAAUCAUACACACCACCAGCUCAACAUAAAAGUAAAAGUGCUGGGAGAAGGAAACAAGCACCACAAUAUUAUCGCAAGAAAAGCAAAGGAGUUGACAAACAAAACCCUCUUCCUCCAUUGCAGAGAGGUCAAACUAGUAGUCAUAAACCACCUACACCAAACAAGAGAUAUGAAACACAUCACACACUCACUACAGAUGAUUCCCAAGAAGAUAAUAAUGAAACUUUAUAUCAAGAAACUGUGCAUGUUCCUAAACCACCUCAGCAGCCAAAUCCACUGCGAAAUCAAAGACCUGGCAUAGAAUCUAGGAGUGAUUUUGAUGAAUCUUGUAGUAAUCACUCUGAUGAACCUCCCCCAAACCUUGCUAAACUCAAAGCAAUCAGACAGAAAAGACUAAGUAAGCAAAUGAGUCUUGUAAAGCAAGAAAGCAUUGAGAAGCCAACAGAAUUCCAAAAAUGGCAAAUGGAACAGGACAAACAAAGAGCUGAAAGAUUGGAAAAACACAAACAAAAGACAUCUAAACCACAGAAUAAAACAGAAUCAACACUUUCCACAAGAGAAAGAGAACUUUUAGAGAAAAUUAAAGCAGAGCAAGAUAAGCUGAAGGAAAUUAAGAGACUACAACAAGAACUAGAAGAGCAGGACAGAAUGGAGAAUGAAGACAGCAGUUCAUAUGAAUUAAUGUUGGCUGAUAAAGAUGACAAGUACUAUCAAAAACAAGACUCUUUUAAUAAGGAAAGAACAUCAGAAAAGGUACAAAAGCAAGGAAAAUAUGUACAACCUAAAUCAGAAACAAAGAGGGAAAACAAAACUCAAGUUCACAUUCAGCAAAAGAAAGACAUAGUAACACAAAUGACAAUAUCAAAUACAUUACCAGCAGAUGAUGAUACAAUGGAAGAAGACGAGCCCAAGGAGGAUUUUACAGCAUUCUAUGAGCAAGCAGCACAAAAUGAUGAAGCUGUCAGCUUAGACUUAACCCCAUGUACAAUAUGUGGGAGAAAAUUUGCAACAGAACGACUUGGAAGACAUGCAAAAAUCUGUAACAAAAAUUCAAAGACAAAAAGAAAAGCAUUUGAUGUUCAGAAGCAACGAGUAUCUGGAAUGGAGCAUGCAAAGUAUGUUCUUACAGGAGACUACAAAAAAGAACCUCCCAAGCCCAAAAAGGCAGACUGGAGAGUUCAACAUGAAAACUUCAUCAAAACUAUUCGUUAUGCAAAAGGUGCCAGCAACGAACCACCACCUGUGAUAGAAAACCCACAUUACGUGGCCUGUCCUUACUGCGAGAGAAAAUUCAACCCUGAAACAGCUGAGCGUCACAUCCCUAGAUGUAAAGACAUCAAGUCACGUCCAGCACCACCCAAGGCCAACAAAAACAGAAGAAAGAGAUAGAGAAGCAAAUUGUUUGUUCUACUAUUGAUUCAAAGAGCUUGACAAAAAGUUUUAUAAUAGAGUGCUUUAUAUAAUAUAUAUCUAAAUAUUAAAACAACUUUUUUUAUACCAUUAUUGUAAAUUAUUUGUAGAUACUGUAUACAUAGAUGGGUAUUUAUUAAAUUGCUUAUGAUAAUAAAUUUUGUGAAU